AUGUUUUCUUUCUUUAUCUCAUUACACAUUUGCCGUGUAAUAGAUCCUUCAACAAUAAAAGAAGAAUCAUUUAUUCAGGAAAUAUAUCUUAACAAUAACGGUGUGAAUCAGUCGAUUUCCGGUGAAGAUAUUCACGUUGUCAAAGCAUGGUCUCAGGGAUAUUCAGGAGAAGGCCAAACAAUAUUUGUUAUUGAUAGUGGUGUUUAUCUUGAGCAUCCAGAUUUCAAAAACAAAAUCAAUUCUCAAUUAAACGAAAAUUAUAAAGUCACUAAUACUAAAGAACUUGCAACAAUCUCAUUAGGAGCCGCUGCAGCUUCAAUUAACGAAGUUGGCACAGUUGGUGUUGCUCCAGAUGCUUCUGUUGCUGCAAAUGUGAUCGAUUUCUCUAAAAAAUACUCAUCUUCAACAGAAAUUGCGCACGAAAUAUUCAAAACUAAUCCUGUUAAUGCUACAGUUUUAGCUCCAUUCCUUACAAUUUCGAAACCAUACUGUUCUGAAGAAGAUCCCAUUAUGCCUUCAGAUUUUUCAGUUCCUGUUCGUAUAGUUUCAGUCGCCGAAGAUGGAAGCAAAGGUUCUGAUGCAAAUCAUUUCACAAGUUCUUGUAAUUUCUAUUCUAUUACAGUUGGAUCAUGUACAUUACGAGGAGAACCAACGUACUACACGUCAAAGAGUGCAUGCAUCUCUGUUGUUGCUCCAAGUUCAGGAUUGUCUGAUGAUUUAUACGAUUCUCACAAAGAUUUACCACAAACUGUGUUUUCUUCAUCAACAAACGACAACUACGUACUUGGCAAUGGCAAAACAGCACUUUCUGCCGGUCAAGUUGCAGGUGUUGCCUCUUUAAUUAAGGAAGCAAAUCCAGAUAUGACCGAACAAGCAAUAGACAUCGUUUUAAUGCUUACUGCUACGAAGACAGACCCACAAAGUCCACUUUGGAAGGAGAAUUCUGCUAAACAUUCAUAUCAUCCUUUCCUUGGUUUCGGAAGAGUUGAUGCAGAGCUUGCAGUUGAGACAGCGAAGAACUGGAAUGUAUCAGGAUUUGGUAUGAACAGCGUUUCAGGAGAUUUAGUCAUAGAACAAAAAGUUAUUGUUCCGAAAUCAGACAAAGAAAUGGAAACACCUAUCAAAUUAGAUGUAACCCCAUCAGAUGACCCUAUAUUCUAUGGAGAACUCACUCUAGAAACAGAUCUGAAGGACUUAAAUAAUAUGAGAAUUUUUAUUCAGCCAAAAGGUGGUCAGAAGUACGAAAUCUUGUCACCAUCUAACUACGAUCCAAUGACAGCCAACCAUUUGAUCAAAUAUGACUCGGAAUGCAAAUAUUUACGUGUUGGAUUCAGAUGUUUACUUGGAGAGAAAGUUGCUGAACAAUAUAAUCUCUACAUCAACAGAAUAGAUGAUAAGGAAGAUUAUAUUACCUCUGUUUCCCUCAACUUUUACCUGUCAACAAUUGAUUUCCCAUCUGUUACAAGAAAAGUUGGUCCAAACCUCAGAGAAAUCACUAAAACUAGGUCUGAGCUUGGAACAGCAACUCUUUUGUCAACAGAUUCAGUAAAUGCAGGAGAUGAAAUUAAAUUCAAGCAUUCGUCAGACGGACAAGAGCAUUCGAAGCCAUUCUACAUCAUUGAUGAAGAUGGCGCUGUAAUGCCAUUGCAAAUGCUCAAAUACAAGGAAGAAUCUGAAGAAUUAAAAUUAAGAGUCCCGACGACGAUCAAAUCCGGUAGAUACGCGAUCGGAGAGAUGUACAACCACUAUGUACAAAGAAUUUCCGAUUAUUUCAUGGUCAACAACAAAUUUGGAGAAUCUUCGAUAAUUAAACCGACAAAAGGCGAAGUUAUUGCUAAACAUCCAUUUGUUGUUGAAUGGCCAAGGAUAAGCAAGAUAAAACCAGUUGGUUUUUAUGGAAAAGUCCGAAUUUCGAUCAAAGAUUUGUCAAAUGGCAAAAUUUUGUACGAAAAGUAUGUUCCUGACACAGGAAUUGCAACAAUUGAAGGAUUAGAGAACGCCAAAGUCUCUAAUGCCGAAGUUUCCAUUGUUUCUGUCUAUGAUUUGUCGAAUGAAUAUGAGAUUCUCUCAACAACAUUCGCAAUUAACACAGAAUCAGGACAAACUCCAUCUCCAACAGCUGGUCCAGGCCAAGUAACACCAACAAAAGGUCCAGACAGCCACAAAAAGAGAGAUAUCGCACUGAUUGCAAGUGGAUCUGUUGUUUUUGUUUGCAUCGUCUGUUUGGUUGUGAUUUUGUGUGUGAAGAGGAACAAGAGGAGGAAGAUCGAAACAUCUCAACAGAUCAACGAUCUCCUCAUUACAUAA